UUUUAGAAGAACCACGAUCUGUCUGUGGUAGAGCGUUCUUUAUCGCGCAUCCUGUGAUAAAUCAAAUAUCUACCUGCAAACAGUUGGAUUGAUGCAAAAGCAGAAGAUUAUGUACCAGCAUUCUAAAAAAAAAAGAGGUGAAGGUUUGCAGUGCACCUGUUAUAUGAUGCUGAAACAACAGCAAGAAUUUUACACCAACUUGCUGCAAGCAAAGGAUGCCACCAUCAAACAAUUAGAACUGAAAAUUCAAACCAUGAAAAGAUCAAAACAUGUACAACCACAAAGGAAAAAACUUCGUUUAUACUCACUGUUACGUCUUGCUAGAGAGAUAGGAAAAUACAGAAGUAAAUUGCAAAUCAAGAAAACUCCAAAGAGAAAAGUUCAAGCACCAUCAUGGACAAAGUGUCUAAAUAUAGACACAUCUAAUGAACAGCCUAACCAUUUUAAUGUUGGGGACAAUGAUAUGCAACAGCCCAGCCAUUUUAAAGUUGGGGACAAUGAUAUGCAACAGCCCAGCCAUUUUAAUGUUGGGGACAAUGAUAUGCAACAGCCCAGCCAUCUUAAUGUUGGGGACAAUGAUAUGCAACAGCCCAGCCAUUUUAAAGUUGGGGACAAUGAUAUGCAACAGCCCAGCCAUCUUAAUGUUGGGGACAAUGAUAUGCAACAGCCUAACCAUUUUAAUGUUGGGGACAAUGAUAUGCAACAGCCCAGCCAUCUUAAAGUUGGGGACAAUGAUAUGCAACAGCCAAGCCAUCUUAAAGUUGGGGACAAUGAUAUGCAACAGCCCAGCCAUCUUAAUGUUGGGGACAAUGAUAUGCAACAGCCCAGCCAUUUCAAAGUUGGGGACAAUGAUAUGCAACAGCCCAGCCAUCUUAAUGUUGGGGACAAUGAUAUGCAACAGCCUAACCAUUUUAAUGUUGGGGACAAUGAUAUGCAACAGCCCAGCCAUCUUAAAGUUGGGGACAAUGAUAUGCAACAGCCCAGCCAUCUUAAUGUUGGGGACAAUGAUAUGCAACAGCCCAGCCAUCUUAAAGUUGGGGACAAUGAUAUGCAACAGCCCAGCCAUCUUAAUGUUGGGGACAAUGAUAUGCAACAGCCCAGCCAUCUUAAUGUUGGGGACAAUGAUAUGCAACAGCCCAGCCAUCUUAGUGUUGGGGACAAUGAUAUGCAACAGCCUAACCAUUUUAAUGUUGGGGACAAUGAUAUGCAACAGCCCAGCCAUCUUAAAGUUGGGGACAAUGAUAUGCAACAGCCUAACCAUUUUAAUGUUGGGGACAAUGAUAUGCAACAGCCCAGCCAUUUUAAUGUUGGGGACAAUGAUAUGCAACAGCCCAGCCAUCUUAAUCCAUCUUAA